AGUGUUUUUCCCCCUCCCCCUGCCGUUUGUUUUGUUUUGUUUUGUUUCUGGGAACGGGGGGUUUUGUCCGUCGCAAAGGAAAAGGAAUGAAGCCUGGCGCCGCACCGGGGUCCCUCGCCUUGCUCUGGGGGCUGCUGCUGGGCUGCGCCGCGCUCUGCCUCUGCCCGGCCAGUGGAGAGAUUUGUGGGCCAAAUGUUGACAUUCGCAAUGAUAUCCAUGAGCUGAGGCGUCUUGAGAACUGCACAGUCGUUGAGGGUUUCCUGCAGAUCCUGCUCAUCUCCAAGGCAGACGACUACCGCAACUUCCGCUUCCCGAAGCUCACCAUGAUCACCGACUACUUGCUGCUGUUCCGCGUGGCAGGCUUGGAGAGCCUCAGUGAUCUCUUUCCCAACCUCACGGUCAUCCGUGGGAGGAACCUCUUCUACAACUAUGCCUUGGUUAUCUUUGAGAUGACAAACCUCAAAGAAAUUGGGCUUCACAACCUGAGGAACAUCACCCGAGGGGCCAUUCGGAUUGAGAAGAACUCUGACCUGUGUUACCUUUCCACGGUGGACUGGUCUCUGAUCCUAGAUGCAGUGUCCAACAACUACAUCGUUGGGAAUAAGCCUCCAAAGGAGUGUGGGGACUUGUGUCCAGGGACGAUGGAAGAGAAACCAUUGUGUGAGAAGACGUCCAUUAACAAUGAGUACAACUAUCGCUGCUGGACUACCAACCACUGCCAGAAAAUGUGCCCCAGCUCUUGUGGCAAGCGAGCCUGCACAGACCAGAACGAAUGUUGCCACCCGGAGUGCUUGGGAAGCUGCACCGUGCCCGACAACAACACGGCUUGCGUGGCCUGCCGCAAUUACUUCAGCAACGGAGUCUGCGUGCCUGUUUGCCCCCCCAACACCUACAAGUUCGAAGGCUGGCGCUGCGUCACCAAAGAAGAGUGCGCCGAAGUCCCUACCUCAGAGCUAAGUGAAUACGAGAGGUUUGUGAUCCACAAUGACGAGUGCAUGGCAGAGUGUCCCUCUGGAUUCAUACGCAAUGGGAGCCAAAGCAUAUUCUGCAGCCCUUGUGAAGGGCCUUGCCCAAAAAUCUGUGAGGAGGAGAAAAUAAAGACCAUUGAUUCUGUCACAUCAGCGCAGAUGUUGCAGGGGUGCACUGUGCUCAAGGGGAAUCUGCUUAUUAACAUCCGCCGUGGAAAUAAUAUUGCUUCAGAGCUGGAGAAUUUCAUGGGCCUGAUUGAGACGGUCACUGGGUAUGUGAAGAUUCGCCAUUCACAUGCACUGGUUUCCUUAUCGUUCCUAAAGAAUCUCCGGUAUAUUUUGGGAGAGGAACAGCUGGACGGGAAUUAUUCUUUCUAUGUUCUGGACAACCAGAAUCUGCAGCAGCUGUGGGACUGGAACCACCACAAUUUGACCAUCAAGGAAGGCAAAAUGUACUUUGCGUUUAAUCCCAAGCUGUGUGUGUCUGAAAUUUACCGCAUGGAGGAUGUGUCGGGAACCAAGGGGCGGCAGAGCAAAGGAGAUAUAAAUCCCAGGAACAAUGGUGAAAGAGCCUCUUGUGAAAGCCAUAUUCUGCGCUUUGUCUCCAACACCACCCUGAAGAACCGCAUUAAGUUGACCUGGGAACGAUACCGCCCUCCGGAUUACAGAGAUCUUAUUAGCUUCACUGUGUACUACAAAGAGGCACCGUUCAAGAAUGUGACAGAGUAUGAUGGGCAGGAUGCGUGCGGCUCAAACAGCUGGAACAUGGUGGAUGUCGACCUGCCCCCAAACAAAGAGAACAACCCUGGGAUUUUGCUGCAGGGACUGAAACCUUGGACUCAGUAUGCCAUUUAUGUCAAGGCUGUUACCCUCACAAUGAUGGAGAACCACCACAUUCAUGGAGCCAAGAGCGAGAUUGUGUAUAUACGCACCAAUGCUGCAGUGCCGUCUAUCCCUCUGGAUGUUAUUUCCGCAUCCAACUCUUCUUCCCAACUCAUUGUGAAAUGGAAUCCACCCUCUCUCCCCAAUGGCAACCUGUCUUAUUAUAUUGUUCGAUGGCAACAACAGCCCCAGGACAGUUACCUUUACCGGCACAACUACUGCUCCAAAGAUAAAGUCCCUAUUCGGAGAUAUGCAGAUGGGACCAUUGAUACAGAAGAAGCUACUGAGCCCACCAAGCCAGAGGGCUGUGGGGGAGAGAAAGGACCUUGCUGUGCCUGUCCCAAGACAGAAGCAGAAAAACAAGCAGAGAAGGAGGAGGCAGAGUACCGGAAAGUCUUUGAGAACUUCCUGCAUAACUCCAUCUUUGUCCCCAGACCUGACCGGAAGCGCAGGGACGUGUUUCGAGUUGCAAAUGCCACUCUUGCCAGUAGGAACAGGAACACGACAGGGACUGAUCACUUUGCUAAUGCUUCUGAUGUGGAGGAGAGCGAAAUGGAGUACCCCUUCUAUGAGACCAAAGUGGAAGGCAAGGAGAGGACUGUGAUCUCCUACCUCCAGCCUUUUACUCUUUACCGGAUUGAUAUUCACAGCUGCAACCAUGAAGCGGAGACCCUUGGCUGCAGUGCUUCCAACUUUGUCUUUGCAAGAACCAUGCCUGCAGAAGGAGCAGAUAACAUUCCAGGAGCAGUAACGUGGGAAGUGAAAGAAGAAAACACCAUCUACCUGAAGUGGUCAGAACCAGCAACCCCGAAUGGGUUGAUACUCAUGUAUGAAAUCAAAUAUGGGCAACAUGGAGAGGAGAAGCGGGAAUGUGUUUCUAGGCAGGAAUACAAGAAGCUUGGAGGAGCAAAACUAACCCAUCUGAACCCUGGAAACUUUUCUGCGAGGGUGCAGGCCACUUCUCUGGCUGGGAAUGGGUCCUGGACUGAGCCGGUGUCUUUCUACGUACAGCCCAAACCAGCAGAGUAUGGGAACUUCUUGCACUUGAUCAUUGCGCUCCCCAUAGCGGUUCUGCUGAUCAUUGGAGGGCUGAUGAUAAUGCUGUACGUCUUUAACAAAAAGAGGAACAGUGACAGAUUGGGAAAUGGAGUGCUGUAUGCUUCUGUGAACCCUGAGUACUUCAGUGCUUCUGAUGUGUAUGUUCCCGAUGAAUGGGAAGUGCCUCGCGAGAAGAUCACCAUGUGCCGGGAGCUUGGGCAGGGCUCCUUUGGAAUGGUAUAUGAGGGGAUAGCAAAGGGCGUGGUGAAGGAUGAGCCAGAAACUCGGGUGGCCAUCAAAACGGUCAAUGAGUCCGCCAGCAUGCGGGAGCGGAUCGAGUUCCUAAAUGAGGCCUCGGUGAUGAAGGAGUUCAACUGUCACCAUGUGGUACGAUUGCUUGGAGUUGUCUCUCAAGGCCAACCCACUCUGGUUAUUAUGGAACUGAUGACACGCGGGGAUCUCAAGAGCUACCUGAGGUCUCUGCGGCCAGACACUGAGAAUAACCCUGGCCAGGCGCCUCCAACUCUGAAGAAGAUGAUUCAGAUGGCAGGAGAGAUCGCAGACGGCAUGGCUUACCUCAACGCCAACAAAUUUGUUCACAGGGAUCUUGCUGCAAGAAAUUGCAUGGUGGCUGAAGACUUCACUGUGAAAAUUGGAGAUUUUGGCAUGACAAGAGAUAUAUAUGAGACAGAUUAUUAUCGGAAAGGAGGGAAGGGCUUGCUGCCGGUCCGCUGGAUGUCCCCGGAAUCACUGAAGGAUGGAGUCUUCACAACGCACUCUGAUGUCUGGUCCUUCGGUGUCGUCCUGUGGGAGAUUGCGACAUUAGCAGAGCAGCCGUACCAAGGCAUGUCCAACGAGCAAGUUCUCCGUUUCGUGAUGGAGGGGGGCCUGCUAGACAAACCAGACAACUGUCCUGAUAUGCUGUUUGAGUUGAUGCGCAUGUGCUGGCAGUACAACCCCAAAAUGAGGCCCUCCUUCCUGGAAAUCAUCGGUAGCAUUAAAGACGAGCUGGACCCAGCCUUCAAAGAGGUCUCCUUCUUCUACAGUGAAGAGAACAAGCCCCCUGACACGGAGGAGCUUGACCUGGAGACUGAAAACAUGGAGAGCAUUCCUUUAGACCCCUCCUCCACCCUCCAACCCACUGACAAGCACUCAGGACACAAAGCUGAGAAUGGCCCAGGCGUGGUGGUCCUGCGGGCCACCUUCGAGGAGAGACAGCCGUAUGCACACAUGAACGGGGGACGCAAGAAUGAAAGGGCCUUGCCUUUGCCCCAGUCUUCGGCCUGCUGAUCCUUAGUACAAGAGUCUCUUGCCCACACACCCACCCACCCACACGCACGCAAUUGAGGGAAGAAAGAAAGAAAAUACAAUGUAUUCAAAAGCCUACUGUACCUCAGUGGAUCUUUGGAACUGCCAUAGCUGCACACAGGAGAAUCCUCUUUUCAGUAAACAUGUUCUAGUUUUUUCUUUUUUUUUUUCAAUAUGCGAGCAGAUGUUUGUUUCGGUAAUGGACUCCGCUCGUGGGGCGCAGUUGGCCUUUUAAAACGCUAAUGUUAACACUUCAUAGCAACAGAAAAACUUGAGAUCCAAUGUCUCUCUCUCUUUUUCUUUCUCUCUCUCUCUCUCCUUCCUCAUCCACCCUCUUCUUUCUGUCUCUCUCUCUCUCUGUCUCUCUCUGCUUCAUAAUGGGAAACAUAUCUGCGUGCAAGUUCAACCUUACAACACAGGCUAGGUGCCUCCCUGGUAGCCCUCACAAACACCUGCCUAACACUGUAGGUCUUUAUAAAAACUGAAUUUAAAAGAAAAAAAAAGACUGGAUUUUUAAUGUUGCUCUUUAACCUUUUUAGGAACAUGUAAAAGAAUUAAAAAGGGCCAUCAUUCGUCCAAGGUUGUUACCAUUUUCAACGCUGCCAAAUUUUGCCAAAAAACUGAACUUUUAUUUGUUUUUUGUAGGCAUGGAAAGGAGCACAGUAACCAGCUGCUCUAUUUAAAGGAAAUACUGACCAAUACACUCCAUUCAAUCAUACACUGGUAUUUAAAAAAAAAAAAAAAUCAAAUUUGUCUAGAUCUUUUUUUUUUUAAACUGGA